AUGAAGAACAGCUUCUCGCUCAUCGCCUUGGCUGCUGGCCUCAGCCAGGUCACUGCCACUGGCUUCCACAAUGCUCCUUCAUUCAGCUGCCCGGACAACACAAACAACACCUGUACCCCCGACAUGACCGGCGGUUUCGACUGGUCCGACCUCAACGUUGGCUCUGUCUCCUCGUACAAGGGCUUCGAUUUUUCUGGCUUCACUUGCUCCAACAAGUUCGGCAAGCGGGACGUGAUCAGCGGCAGAACCUUCCAGUCCAAGUGCAUUACCGGUACAGCCCAGACGGACAAGAGCAGCUGUCCCAAGAUUAGCUGUGGCAAGGACGUCGGCAAGACCUCCAUCACGAGUUUCCAGGUCACUCCCGAUCACGACUGCGAUCUCGAGUUCCACUACUCCAUGCCCGACGGAUCUACCUGCAAGCACCGAUCGUCUUGCAAGUCUUCCGGUACCACUGUCGACAACUCCCAGUGCGGUGGUGCCACCGAUGUCACCGUCGUCUACCCCUCCCAGCCCGACACGGGCAAGAGUUCUUGCAGCCUUGGCAUCCACUCCAUCGCCUUCGACUGCGGAAGUGCCUCAACCACCACGCACGUCUACCCUACUACCGCUACUAGCAGCUACGCUGUCAGCACUCCCGCCACAACCACCGCCGAGACCUCCAGCACUGCCGAGACGACCAGCACUCCUGCCACAAGCACCGCCGAGACGACCAGCACCGCCGAGACCACUUCCGUCUCCGUCCCUGCCACCAGCAGCGUGCCCGCCACCAGCACCUACCCGGGCACCACCGUUGUCGCUACAAGCAGCACCGAGGCUGCGUCUUCCAGCACUCCCGUCGAGUCUUCGAGCACUGCUGUUCUGACGACGACCAGCACCGCCGAGACAACCAGCACUACUCCCGCCACGAGCACCGCUGAAACGACCAGCACUGCCGAGACUACCAGCACCGCCGAGACCACUUCCGUCUCUGCCCCUGCCACCAGCACCGUACCCGCCACCAGCACCUACCCGGGAACCACCGUUGUCGCGUCGAGCAGCACCGAAGCUGUGUCUAGCGGCACCACUAUUCUCACCACCGACUCCACUGUCUUGUCCGUCACCAGCUACAUCACCACCUCCACUAUCUACAGCACGUCCAUCCAGACCAUUACCAGCUGCGGUCCUGAGGUGACCAACUGCCCUGCCGGUUCCACCGCCUUGACCACUGUCACCGUCGCUAUCUCUACCACCGUCUGCCCCGUGACCGAGACUCAGACUCUAAGCAACAGUCCUACUGGCCCGGCCACGUCGCCUUCCGUACCGGUUGAGACCUCUGCCACUUCGCCUGCUACUGAGACCUCUGCCAUUGUCGCCACUGAGACCGCUCCCACUUCACCUGCUACCGCGUACCCUACCACCGUCCCCGGUGAGACCGACACUACUACCGUCCCCGGUGAGACUGGUACUACCGCUGUUGCCUCCUCCGCUACCCUCCCGGUUGGCUCCACCUCCAGCGUCCCUGCCGGUCCCGGCGAGACUGUUACCAUCCCUGGCGUUGUCCCAUCUUGCCUGAACACCUGGAUGUUCACCGUCGGCUGCACGGACAACACCGACGCUGCUUGCUACUGCCCUAACAGCAACUUCACCCAGAAAGUCUUCAACUGCAUUUACUCCCACGGCGAGAGCGACCAGGCCACUGCUGAUGCUAUCAGUUACUUCCAGGGCAUCUGCGCUCCGUUCGUGCCCACCAACCCCGGCAUCGCCACCGGUGCUGCCACCGUCACCACCUACCUGACCGCUUCUCCUACCGCCAUGCCGUCUCAAGUCACCACCGUCCUGGUCACGGCCACGACCGUUGUCCCUUGCACCAACUCUGCCGGCGAGACCAUCCCCAGCUCCAGCAGCACCGUGACCAUCAGCACCUCGAUGACCGCACCUCAGGUGAUCUUCACCACUGUCCCCGCCACAGGUGCCGGCACUACCUCUGAUGUCGUCGUCGUGCCAGGCACCUACCCUGCCACUGCUCCUAUUGCGACCGCCACUGCCACCGCCACCGCCACUGCCGCCACAACCGCCGGAACCAGCGCUGUAGCUAACCCGCCCUACCCCACCAGCGCUGCCGUGACCACCUUUACCACAGCCACCGGCGGCGUCUACCCGACCGCCAGCUCGACCUCGGCCUUCGCCACCGCCGGUGCAGCCCACCUCGGCUCCGGCCUGGGAUUCCUGGGCAUGGUCGCCAUGGCCGUCGCCGCUCUAUAA